UCCUUUCGCAUGCCUGCGAAUUGGUGCUUUUCGCAGUGCACUUGAAUGCAGCUAAAGGCAGUAGUUCUGCUCCAUUAGGAAACUGCCUUGGCCGAAUAAAAGAGUAAACAAAUAUGACAUCUUUCGGAAAUGCAAAAAAAGUAUACUUGACAGCGAUGACACUUCUUCUAUGUCUGUCGUCGGUCACGGGUGACUACUGUGAGGUGAAUAAUUGCCAUAAUGGAGCAACGUGCGUGACAGGGGUAGGAGAGGAUCCCUUCAUCUGCAUCUGUGCAGAUGGGUUUGGUGGCGACACGUGCAACCUUACAGAGACAGGGCCUUGCAGUCCCAACCCUUGCAAGAAUGAUGGGACUUGCCAGGUGAUCGCUCCUAGCAGGAGGGGAGAUGUUUUCAAUGAGUACAUCUGCAACUGCAGGGCGGGCUUUGACGGUGCUCACUGCCAGACGAAUGUGAAUGACUGCGCCAAGCGUCCAUGUAAAAAUGGAGGCAUAUGCAGAGAUCUUGAUGGGGAUUAUUCAUGUCACUGCCCUUCACCCUAUGUUGGGAAGCAGUGCCAACUACGUUGUAUUUCUCUACUUGGAAUGGAGGGAGGAGCAAUCACAGACUCCCAGAUUUCAGCUUCUUCUGUGCACUACGGCAUUCUCGGUCUUCAGUCUUGGGGCCCGGAGUUGGCCCGGCUCAACAAUCAAGGCAUCGUCAAUGCCUGGACAUCGGCUGCCCAUGACAAGAGUCCUUGGAUCGAGAUCAACAUGCAGAAGAAGAUGCGUCUAACAGGAAUAAUAACUCAAGGCGCCAGUCGAAUGGGCACGGCAGAAUACAUAAAGGCCUUCAAAGUGUCGAGCAGCUUUGAUGGAAAGACCUAUACCACGUACCGAAUGGAUGGACAACGGAGAGACAAGGUUUUAGUGGGCAACACAGAUAACGACAGCACAAAGACCAAUCUUUUUGACCCACCCAUUGUGGCCCAAUACAUCCGUAUAAUCCCUGUGGUUUGCCGAAAGGCAUGCACGCUGCGCAUGGAGUUGGUGGGAUGCGAACUCAAUGUUUGUUCAAACACAACAGGGUGCUCAGAGCCAAUGGGAAUGAAGUCUCGGCUGAUCUCAGAUGGCCAAGUUUCAGCCUCCAGUUCCUUCCGCACAUGGGGCAUCGAUACCUUUACUUGGCUCCCUCAAUUUGCCCGCCUCGAUAAGCAGGGAAAGACUAAUGCCUGGUCUCCUUCCCAAAACAACCGAUCAGAGUGGAUCCAGGUGGAUCUCGAGAAGACAAAGCGAAUCACGGGUAUCAUCACUCAAGGGGCAAAGGACUUUGGGGUGGUGCAAUUUGUGUCUGUGUUCAAAGUGGCUUACAGUAAUGAUGAAGAAACUUGGAGUAUGGUGAAGGACAUUAACACAGACAGUGAUAAGCUUUUCCAAGGCAAUAUUGACAACAACAGUCAUUUGAAGAAUGUAUUUGAGCCGCCAUUCUAUGCCCGAUUUGUCCGAGUGGUUCCCUGGGAGUGGCACGAGCGCAUCACUCUACGCAUGGAGCUGCUGGGCUGCGAUGACUAGAGAAUUCACUUCCUUUUUGCAGAUCUCCAUCUUCAUUUCAUUUCCUCAUCUCCUCCUAUGACAGAGUUUACAUUGCACUGUACAACUCUCUGGAUCAAGCUCAUGUUGGCGGAAAAAACUGGGACUUAAACAUACGUAGCACUUUCUUUAGUGUUUUUUUUCUUUCUUUUCUUUCAUGAUUUGACAUUGGUUAUUUCUAUUGUGUAUCCAUGCUUUCAAUUGUAUCCUAAAAUCUUCCAGUUAAUCCACUGUUUUUGCUUAUGUUGACAUGUACUCCAUGCUAAUACUGUUGCUGGGUUUACACCAUUUUCUGUCCUAUUAAUGAUCUUUAAGAACAGACACACUAAAACAAGCAAAACAUCUCGCGCAAGGCCAACUUUUGUUUCCUAAGUGAAGCACACAAAAGCACGAUGAAGCAUGGGUAGUGCAAUAUGGAUUUUGGUACGCUGUGACUCCUGUAGAUAAUGUUUUUGUUCACACAUUUCAGAUGUAUUUUUUCUUAGUUUUAAAAUCAAUUUUAAUGUAACAGUUUGACAGCAUUUAACAUGUUAAGAAAGAUGAUGAUAAAUGCUUUUUUUUAAUUGUCAUUAAUUAAAGAUGUAUACAUAA